AUGCCAGACGUGACAUCAAUGGUUUAUAAUGACAUUGACGACGAUGCCGCCAGACUCUUCUCGAGGACUUCGGCUACCCGGGCCGAGUGCGACAGCUUCGCUCUAGAAACUUUUGGGGGGCCGGUGUAUCCCGUUGCUGUCCAAGGGGCAACAAGCUACACAGUGGUCGCUGGGCAGGCUGGUGACAAGAUCGUCCAGUUCCGGGAGAAGGACGCGCUGCUAGAUAUGCAAAUACUCGAGCUUGCGAAACGCAUCCACGGUGGUGUUGUGGUCUGCGCGAGUAUGCUGGGGUGGAUCGGCGACAAUGCUGGCCCGCAGCUCGCCGUAUACGCCAUGGACAAGAUCCCGGGCGACAACUACGUCCUGGCACGCUCCACUCUAGCCGAAGAUCGGUUGCUGCACUUGGAAACUAUACGCGGUCUAGCCGGCUUUUUUGCGCAGGCCUGGCGGGAACCUAUACCCUCGGAUCAGGUCGAUGUUGAUGCGAUGAUUGCGGAAAUUCUGUCUAGCCUCGAGAACCUUGGUUCUUCUGGCAUUCUUACCCCCUCUCUCCAAACCCUGCUCGCCAAGGUUAUCAACCACAUCCCGACACUCUUCUCUAAAGAGUUUCGACUGGCCCUUACCCAUAGCGACCUUAAUGAGCUGAAUAUCCUUGUCGAUUCCACCAUUGGACGAAUUACCGGGGUUAUCGACUGGACCAACGCAGGAACGCAACCUUUUGGCUUCGCGCUGUAUGUCUUGGACGAUUUCAUUGGCUACAUGGGCCCAAAUGGCCGAGUCUACUACGACAACUCAGAAUUGCUGAGGGAUGAGUUCUGGGCGGCGUUCGCUGCCAACGCUGGGAAGCUGUCAGAAACAGACCUGGAGAGGAUUCGUAUUGCGAGAAUGGCUGGAUAUUUUCUCAGAUACGGGAUAGCGCACAACAGCAAACAAAAGGGAGUGGCAGGGAUCGAGAGCCUCAGUGUGCGACACAGAGUUUGCUAUUUGGAAGCCGGCUUAGAGGGGUAG